CCUCUGCAAAGAGUCAGGGAGUCUUUUUGUCUCAUUGCCAUCCUGCUUUGGCGUGUUAUUAUUUUUGUCUUGUAACGUUGUCGAGCCUGCAAGACAACUGAGUCCGAAAACAAUGACACGAAGCUCCAACACACCUAAACAAAAACGCGCACCUCGCGCGUUGUUGCUAGAGGACAGGCUUUGAGGUUUGGUUUCACCAAAGCACGCCUCUUCUCCGAUAAUAUUGCUUUUCAAAGCCCCGCGCCUCUCUCACGGCUACACCGAGCUUAGACAGAGCUCAGGCGCUGUGUGUGCUGCAGACGUGGCAGCCGCGUGUUUGAGGUGCCUCUGUGUGCUCUAGACACAGACAGACGUGGUGGAUUGAGUAAAACGCCGACGCAGAAAGAGCGCUUUCGAGACCUUGUCACAGGUGGUCUCUAAGCACACCCCGCUUGAUCGCUCAAACCAGCGCCUGUGUGCUCCUCUAUAUGAAAAGUAUUUAAAGGGCACGACUGAUGGCAUGUCUCAGCUUAUGUCUCACUUCAGAUCAGAGCUGGCUCUCGUCUCAGAUUCGCUACAGCAAGUCGAAACGUUCCCCAGCGCUGUCCUUGACAGCAUUCCCAAGAUCUAUCCGCCGUUGUUCCCCUACAAGGAUAAUCUGCACCUAAUCCCGGCAGAGCUGGAGGCUGGUCCCCUUCCGACGCCGCGUCAUCGCCAUUCUAACACACCAGGUAGAGAUCCUCGUGGCUUUGCACACCUUCGCCUUCGGCAUCCGAUUUAGGCC